AGCGGGGCUGGAGCGUGACCCCCAAUCCCGAGGCGCCUCCCAGCUCCCCCCACUCGGCGGCCCCGCGCUCCGCCAGCUCCUUCCCUCCCUUCCCCGCCCCAGUCCCGCAGUGCGGCAGGCUGGGGUCGGCGAGCCAGCUGAGUGCGAGCCGCGCGGUGUCGGAGGAUCCAGUCGGCGACCGCGUUUGCAGCCGUCGAGAACGACGCCCCGGCAACGAGUGACGCGGCGCCGCAGCGGAGCAAGCGAUUGGCCGGCGCACGCCCGCUGCUGCCUCGCGGCCUGCUCCUCCCAGGCCUUGCCCUCCGUAUGUCCUCGCGAGUCCUCCCUUGGUGACCGUCGUGGCUGGCGGCCCCACGAUGCGGACAUCGCCAGGCUGAGUCAGUUUAGAAGGGCAGCGGCAGCCUCUGGGCUCGGUCGAUGUUAAACACCCCCUACUCUCCGCUACGUUUUUGGUGCCCUGUCUUGCCCUUCGCGUGGGCUGGCGCCAAGUGUGAAGAGCUGGGGUGGGCCCGGGGUGGGAAGUUUCGUGCAAGGAGAAUCUGACCAGUAACUCGUGACGAAAACUGACUGAUGCACCCGGGAUUGGCUGCGCUGCGGGAGGGCCAGGGAAGGCGACCUGCUCCUGUGGGGCGUUCCUCAUUCCUCGAAUAGUUGUGCUCAGCUCCCGUUAAGUACUAGGCACCAAGUCUUAAAAUGAGUAACCAAUGUCACUACUUACUCUCGAAGCUGCCGGUGUGUGGGGAGGGUCUACAAAAGCCCCACACUGCUCUAAUCCUGUUAAGUAGUGUUCUUUUGGGGGGUGGGUCGGGGGGAAAAGACUUAAAAAAGGUCUUGCAGAACGUUUAGGAUGCUUAGGUGGUAAGAGUCAGACCUCUUUUUCAGGGUUCCAUAAAAUUUACCUGGGGAGAGUAAAUCCUAAAAACUCGGCAACUGCAGUUCUCAGACUUAACACCUUCCCUCUUUUCAUAGGAAACAUGAUCGCAGCUUCCUUCACUGAGUUUUCUCAGGCAGGAGUGUUAGACACCCCAGGUCCCCUGUCCAAGGUCACACAGCUGGUAAUGGAAGACCCAGAAUUUGGACACUUGCCUCUCCGGUCUCCUACACAGGUUGCAGUUAAGGACUUAGUAAACCAAGCCAGAGUAUUUGCAGUAUAUGCAGUGGAUAGGGCUGUGGAGGAUAAGAUGACUAGAGAGACGCCCUCUCUUCCAGGAACCUAACGUUUGAAAGAAUUGUAUUCCAGAUUAAUACAUCAUUUAAAAAAAGUAUUAGAUGCCUUAUGUGUGCCCAACUUCUUGCUAGGCCUAUAGGAAGAGUGCAAAAGUACCAUAUAGUCCCUUCCUCAUCCCAGUUCUGGGCUCCUCUGGCUCUUCUGGGCUGUAGUCUUGCCCAUGUGUGAAAGGAACAUAGAGAAUAAUCUAUCCUACUAUGUUCUCUCCCUGUUAACAUACAUACAUUCUCCACACUUCCCAGAUUUCACAGGAAAAUCUUUGUGAAAAAACCUUGCAAAAGAAUCUGUUUGGAUCAUGAUCGGGCUUGGGUACUUGGAAUGGGGAGGGAGCUGUCAUUCCUGUUUCCACCAACUCCUUAAACAUGUCAGACUGGAUCCGAAGCUGGAAGGGGCAAUGUCUUUUAAAGUACUGGACCUUGUUUCUGUUAUGGGAAAAAGGGAAGUGAGCACUGGCCAUUCUGGUGCUCUGGAUUUCAUACCCCAUGCUCACCUAGAAAAGAGACCGAAACCUUUCCAGAGUGGAUUGGGAAUCACUGUUUUGGAGGAGUGAAGGUGCUCAGUAGGGCUUCUCUGAGGAGGGAUUAUUGGAGCAGAGCCCUGAAUGAAGGAGGAGAAAGGGCUUUCAGGUAGAAAGAACUACAAGUGGAAAGGCCCCAAAGCAGGCUCCAGAGGGUCAGGGAAACUAUUCCAUCCAUCCAGUUCCUCCCCCCUCCUCCUCCCAACAGUGAGAAGUGGGUUAUUUGCUUCCAGAUGGAUGUAAAUUUCAGCAGCCUCUAGGGGUGUCUCAGAGUCCUGGAGACUACAUUGUCAUUAGGGCUGGGCAACAGACUUUAGGACUGGGACCAGGGUGGGGGUUAAGUAUAUAUAGAGAGGCCAGCAGAAGAAUCUUCUCUCCCGAAUGCAGCUACUGCUCCCCAAACCACUUCUCAGGCUGACCGUUUCCUUUCCUCUACCAGGACCGCAAAGGAAUCCACCGCAGAGUACACAGAGUGAGCCCCGGUCCCACGGUGGUCCCUGGGGCCGCCAGGGGCUUCCUGCUGCACUGCUGCCAGCUGGCCAGGGCCAGGAAGGGUUGGGGACUAUCGGGGAGAGCCCGAGACGGGCCUCCCAGCCUGCCAUCCCCUUCCUGUCCCUGGACCCACCUGCCGUCCUUGUGGCUCUGGAUGAGCUUGCACCACAGGGGAACCUCAAGUCACACAGGGGUAACCAGUAGUACCCACCUCAAAGGACUACUGGGAGGAUGAAAGGGGUACAUACACAGAAACAUAUGAGAGCCAUUCCGUAUUGAUGCUAGUAAUAACUGGAGAGCAGCAGUGAUAGGCUUUGCAUGAGUUAUAACCCCAAGUCCCAACCAGGUCUCCUAGAUGGCAGUACGGAUAUUCACUUUCCUGAAGAGCAGAUGGGCCCUCUGGAGGGUAUGGCCAGAGCCCCACAUCUUAGGAGAUGAGGAGAGUGGCUAUCUUCUGGUUACUGAGGCUCUAAGGGUCAGGGCAGUUGGUGACCUCUUCCCAUGCAGUCCCCUUCAGGGACUGUGAGGUGGGUCAGCCUCCCUUUGUACAUUGUUCCAGGGUUUGGAAAGGCCAUUUGGCAAACACUAUCUAAUAGAACAGAAAUGUGAGCCACAUUUGUAAUCAUCACUUUUCUGAAAAACAGGUGAAAUAAAUUUUAAAACUAUAUUUCAUUUAACCCAAUAUAUAUAAAAUAUUAUUUCAAUAUAUAGUCAACAUUAAACAUUAUUAAUGAGAUAUUUUGUAUUCUUUUUUCAUACUAAGUCUUUGAAGUUAGGAGUGUAUUUGACCUAUAGCACGUCUCACUUUGGACCAGCCACAUUUCAAGUUUCAGUUGCCACAUGUGGCUUGUGGCCACUGUAGCAGACAGCACAGCUGAGACAGCCCUCAGACCCACUCCUGCAGCCCAGACCAGUUUUAUCCAACUCUGGCUUCAAGAUGGAGGAAUUGUGAGAUGAUCACUUGCCCCAGAAAUGUUGGCCUGGCAGAAAAGAUAACCAGGGAGGAAAAUCUUUAUACUGACUGAACAACACAACUGAGAAGAAAAAGAACUACACUUCUCUCACAGUAGAUUGUUACUAAAUAUACUAAAUCCUGAUUAAGUCCAACACUCCUGUGAACAGUUAGAUAUGGCAUGAAAUGCCUGCAAUAUCUAUUAAGAAACAAGUUUCGUGGUAUAUGAAACAAAUUUAUUGUGAAUAUUAAUUUUUGCCAUUAGCUUAUCUUCUUAGUAAUUGUCUUUUAUUAAUUACGUAUAAGUUUGUAAGUAUUAAAUACUUGAAAGGUACUAAAAUACUUUAAAGUAUUGAACAAUUAGGACUUUUCAUCAAUUCACACGUAAUUACCCCCUUCCCUCUUUCGAAGCCUCCCUUGUACUUAUUUUUUUCCAAAAAUCAAAGAAAUUUGGUGGUAUAGCAACUUCAGAACUCAAUCAGGAAAAUGAUGGUUAGGACAGUCUAGAAAUUGUUCUUCUUUUGGCACAGUAAUAUUUUUUUUUUCUUUCAGAUUUCUUCCCAAGCAUAGACCCUUUCCUUCCAGGGCAAGCUCCAGCAUAGGGUGAGGUACAGAAGAGAGACUUGAAGGAUACACCCUGGCACUCAAGCACAAAACCCGCACCCUUGACCAGGGUCUCUUAUUCCAUGUCUGUGAUGGGGCAAAAUGGUAUCUUUGUUUAUAUGUCAUUUAUGUGUGUGUGUUUUCAUUUGUGCAUUUGUCUUUCCUUCCUUGGGCAUGUGCCCUUGAAGGCAGUAGCCUGGCAGAGGGUGUAAUCCCAGAAACUUGGCCUGAGAGGUGCCAGGGUCUCCAGAGACACUCAGGUGAGGGGGAAUACUCACUAGGACAUAAGCAUUGCUCUCUUUGCCAUUUGGGAUCAACCACUGACCCUUGAGAGAAGGUUGUAUUCACACAAGGGCAAACAUUCUUUUGAAUUUGACCAGCUAUAAUUAGCAGCCCAAGCAAGUGCCUGGGCUGAAAACUGUCUCUGGAAGAACCAAGAAACUCCCUCUAAAGUCUGCUCUCAGGUCUGCAGAGGGGCUCUUGCCCCUGCUUGCAGAUUUUGUUUAAAACUCAUCCUCUUUGAAUAAGAUGUCUAGGAUUUAAAAUACUCCAGACACCCCCCCCCCCAAAAAAAAAUAGUGUAUGGGCUGGGGUAGGGUGGGGGGAGUGUCAUAGAUGAAACGAAAUAGCAAAAUGUAAAUAGAUGCUGAAGGUGAGUGAGUGAUUUGUGGUACUAUUCUUGUUAGUUUUUUAUAUUUGAAAAUAUCCAUUUUAAAAAUACUCUCUUCCAAGAAAUGUUUCCUUCUUUCUCUUCUACCUGCAUCUGUCCCCUUUGCUCAGUUUAAAUUCACAUUGUCCCUCUUAUUUUAUCCUUCCUGCAGGGCACAGCACAUCCUGCUCCAGAGGCACAGGGAGAGAACAUGCUAUAUCCACCACUCCUUCCCAAGAAGGAGGGGAACAGAAGCUUCAGAGCCCACCCCUGCAGGGCUCACGGUACAUGGUAAACCUAGCUGCAGCCCACCUCUGAAACAGCCACAGCACCUGCUGUGAGAGAAGGAACCCUGGAAUCCGCGGACCAGUUUUCCGGGCCUCCCUCUCUUCCCUCUGCUACCGUUCCCUUUCUAGGCCUUAAGAAAACUGAAAAUAACUCUCAGCUGGAGGAGGUGGACUCCAGAGUGUGAGUGGCACGCUGCACCCUGAGGGCGCCCGGCCUGGCCCUCAUCAUGCUCGCUGCUGUCUCAGAGGCAGCAGCCGGCAGGCCUUAUGGGUGCAGUGAGUGUGGAAAGAGCUUCCGGUACAGUUCGGUGCUGCUGCGGCAUGAGCGCGCCCAUGGUGGCGACAGCCGCUUCCACUGUCUAGAGUGCGGCGAGCGCUGCGCACAGGCCGCAGACCUCCGUGCGCACCGACGCGCUCAUGCGGGCCAGACGCUCUACAUCUGCAAUGAGUGUGGCCAGAGCUUCCAUCACAGCGGCCGCCUUGACCUACACCAGAGCGCGCACAGGCGGCGCAGCCGCUCCUGCCGCUGCCGAGCUUGCGGCCGCUGCUUCCCACACCUCCCGGCUCUGCUGCUGCACAGGCGCCACUGGCACCCUCCUGAGCUGCCGCGCCGCUGUCCGCUGUGCCCUCGUGCCUUCCGCCAGAGCGCACUGCGCUUCCACCAGGCACGGGCACACCCGUGGGGGACACCGGCCGUGCCCGCUGACACGCUCCAUCGCUGCACUCAGUGCCCGCGGGCCUUCCGCAGCGGUGCGGGACUUCGGAGCCAUUUGCGUGUCCACACGGCCAGGAGCCCUGGUGACUCCACACUUCGGCAGCCAGGCACUUCGGACGCACACCAAUGUAGUAUGUGUGGCAAGAGCUUUGGCAAGAGCUCCACACUAACGCGACACCUGCAGACGCACUCGGGUGAGAAACCUUUCAAAUGCCCAGAGUGUGGCAAGGGCUUCUUGGAGAGCGCCACCCUGGUGCGCCAUCAGCGCACGCACACGGGCGAGAAGCCCUACGCCUGCAGCGACUGCGGGCGCCGCUUCAGUGAGAGCUCCACGCUGCUGCGCCAUCGGCGCAGCCACCAGGGAGAGCGGCCACACGCAUGCACCACGUGUGGCAAGGGCUUCGGGCAGCGCUCCGACCUUGUGGUGCACCAGCGCAUCCACACAGGCGAGAGGCCCUUCCCCUGUACCGAGUGUGGCCGCUGCUUCAGCGACCGCUCGGACCUCACAAAGCACAGGCGCACACACACAGGCGAGAAGCCCUACCGCUGUGAGUUGUGCGGCAAGCACUUCACGUGCGUGUCCAACCUCAACGUGCACCGGCGCAACCAUGCCGGCCACAAGCCCCACAAGUGCCCUGAGUGUGGCAAAGCCUUCAGUGUGGGCUCCAAGCUGGCACUGCACCGCAAAACGCACCUGGGCGAGCGGCCGGCGGAAUGUGCGGAGUGUGGCAAGUGUUUCAGCCACAGCCGCUCCCUGUCGCAACACCAGCGGGCCCACACACGUGCUCGCGCCGCCGCAGCUACAGCUGCCGCUGCCACUGAGGCCAAGGCGGGCACUGCCCUCAUCUUUGCUGGGCAAGCAGGACAGGAAAAGCCAGGGCUUUUUGUGUCUCAGUUGAGAAAGACUUGCUGAGAGUCUUCUCCGGAGUGGGCUUGAUAAGCACUUUCAUAGUGCCAUAGGGAUGGGUGGGACAACUCGCAGAUGGAGUUCUGUGGAAAGACAGCGUGGCAUAUUACCUUUCUCCAUCUCUGUUGGUAGCACUUCACCUGGCCUCUCGCUGCACCCCUGCACCUGCUUCCUCUGUCAGCUCUUUGCCUGUUCUCUGUCCGUCCUUCUCCCCCUCUGAGGUGUAGGUGCAGGGGGAACCUCCCAGACCCCACACAUGGGAGAGGGCCCAAGUAUUGGUGUGUCCCAUCCCUGCUGCUGUGCUCUCAGGUGUUUCCUGUUUUCCCAUCAGCAUCCUGUCUUCUCUUGUCCCAUCUCCUUUUUCCAGCCUGAGUGUCCUCUACCUCUUCUUUCUAGAUACUUUUGGUGUACUGCCUCUUCAGUUAAUGACCACAGAUGUGGCUGGAGUCACAGGCCCUGUGGUUUUCUUGCCUCUUCCUUUCACUUGACUGUUAGUCUCUCUGCUGCUUUCUCCCUCAGCUUCUGAGAGAUGGGAAAUUUGCAGAGAGAUAGUGGGAAAGCUCACUUCACUGAAAGAUAUCUCCACGCCAGAAGCACGCGGAGAAGUGCUUCACACCAUGUAAAGGUGGGCAGGAGCUCUCAGCGUGGCUGCCCACCUGUCCCAUGGGACAGACCUGUUGGUGUACAGAUCAAGGUGCCUCUCAGGACAGUGUUCUCCAGGUGGGGGACAUCAACCCUGGGACCUGAGUCAAGACCACAUGGGUCCACAAAGCUGGGCACUGCCAAGUGCAGUAAGAACGCUAUACACAAAUUAAGCUUGCAGCCAUGAGGAAACUGAGCUCCACAGAGGCCACAGUGCAGGGAUGAAAAUUCCCUGUAAUUGGCCAGCGAUUUUUUUGCUUGCAGGUGGUGAAAUAAAGAAUUAUUUGAGUUC